AUGAACUCGACCUCGACCUCGACCUCGACUUCAACCUCGUCCGCCCUCAAACGCGAUGCUGGGGAGGAUGUAACAUCCACACCCACUCUCGCUACACGAAGAAGACAGUCGUCGAUUCCAAGCGCGAAAGUUCCCAUGGGUCCACGGCCCUUGGAGUAUGGUUCGGGGACGGGCAAAAGAGCCACUUUCCUCAGGGCGGCCAGCAAUGCCAUCAACCCGCAGUUCAACUCCCUACGAGGCGCCUCCGCAGUUGCUUCCCAGGACCCUUAUACCAAUGAGUUAUCCAUCAACGACAUUUCAAGAUUCAGUUUUGCAUCCAUACAAGCCAAGCCUCCAUCCGCUCAACAACGGGAUGCCACCUUGGAUUUUGGUAACUUCCUCGAGCCUACCUUCAAUUUCGAUGAUUUUCAAGACACCAUAGUCGGUGCCGAGCCCAGCUUGAACCAUUUCCCUCUGCCGGGAAGAGGUGGUUCAGUCAAACAUCCUGCUCCUGCUAAUACCACUACGGCCCUUGAUUCCCAGCUACCCGAUCAGAAGAAACCACCCCCACAGGCUGCUAUUCCUGUACCUGCCCGCAAGGGGUCCGGUGUCACUCUUACCCGCAAGAGCUCGACUGCGUCAAAUACCUCGAGAAAUUCUGCAAAGUCCGAUUCCAUGUCAACAUCCACAACCUCCAUCCUCCGGGGUAGAAGGCAGAGUCAUUUCCCUCCGAAUUCGUUUAACAAUGCCAACACCGUUACAAAGGCUCCGAGAAAGUCCGUUGGACCCGGGACAUUCGUUGCCCCAGAGACAUCAGAUAAGCCCACAAUUAAAAGAAGACCCAGUGCCGGUGGGAGAAAAUCCAGUGCGGAGAGUACAAAGAGUCUUCAACUAAAGACGUCGAUCGGGCCGAAGAAAAGAACAUCUAAAGAUCUGCUCACACCUUCGAGGACCCCCGAUCCGUCGAAAUCCAUCUCAGGGGCCAAUCCAAACACUCCGACAAGAAGGAGUGGAACUCCGGGAAGAACAACGACGCCAGGCGGCAAUGGUGAUCGAAACAGGAGGAUGUCAGUCAUGCCUCAUCAUGCCACUGGGCUAGGUGCUCGCACGGUCAGCCCGACUGAUGCAAGACGGAUGAAGCGCAUGUCUAUUGUCCCUCCUGCACCUCCGUUGCCCCAGAGCAGAAUAUCCCAAGCCCCUCCAACCCCUCUACCUGAACCCGUCCCUCAAAUGCCGCAGUCAGAUAUUCAUUCUCCAGUCGUGUCCAGUCGGAAGAGCUUGACACCUUCGUCUUCACGAACAACCCCAGACCCAAACCGAAAGUCAUACAGCUCUGGUCAGUCUUUGUCUUCAAACACGAGUUAUAGUUCUGUUCGCAACAACACGAACAUUCCUGCCAGACUUCCGCAGAAUGUCAAUUCUUCCCGUCUACCGACCCCAAAACCAAGAUUGGACACAUCUGGAAAUACAACGUUUGAGCUCGAAGUCCCACCUGUCCCAGCCAUUCCCAAGGCGUACGAAUCCCCAGGAAGUGAACAUGAUCAGCCCUUCUUCUCGGCCCGAUCUUCAAGCCUUCCUCCCUUUGAUGGUGCAAUUUCUGCUAGCCCUAUUGUCUCGACACUGGCGGAUGCAAUGAAUGCGCUCGAAACUCCUCGAGCACCCAGUACUUCUUCACAUGCAUCCGCUAACCCGCCUCCACUACCAGCUCCGACACUAUCUUCAGUUGACUCGGAACCCAAAGCUAAACCACAACGUAAAUCAAGCAAGAAAAAUCUACAGACUCUGAGACUACCUCCAUUGAAUCUUCUGCCUUUAAGUACACCAACUGCUGCGAAGAUCAAGGCAUUCAAUUCGAAGAAUGAAUCUAGUGAUGGAACUACAACUCCUCCGGUGGCCCGUAGCAGCAUGAAAACCCCAAGCACGCCCAUGACCGCGUCUAAAGCGACCUUCUUCUCCCAGUCUAUCAAAAGUGCCAAUGAAACCAUCCUUCGGAGCUCUACUUCACAUCAUGCACUUCGUGCAGAUGAAUUACGACCACCGAGUGGUAUCAGUCCUAGCCUACCAUCUUUUACGUUCGAAACAGGGAAAAGCGAUCGAAAUAUCUCACCAUUUGUGUCAUCCUCUUUACCAAAGAGCAAUGACGACUUCUCCUCAUACAUGAGACCCAAUUUCAUCACCGAGCUGAAUCGCAAUCCCAGUCAGGCAAGACCAAAUGGACCUCGGGCACCGAGUUUCUCGGUGACACCCAAAACCGAAGUACCCCCCAGCCCUGCCAGUAUAGACAAACCGUCAGAAACCGAAUCUGCCUUCUCCACUUCUGUCUUGCGAAGGAAAUUGAGUCGAAAACGUAGUGAAGCCAAGCUACCCGAACCAACAUCGCAAAAUGAUGAUCUCCGCAAAUACGAUAAUAUGCCGCCUCCAAAACUUCCAGCAUCUUCAAAUUGGACAAACCCUCAAAAUGGUGCUUCUAGUCCUUCUCAAAAGCCUUCGUACUUGCGAUCCCGAAGACAAACCUCAACUUCUAGCGUUCAUAUUGAGCCAAAACGACAAGACAGUCAUGACAGUACGGUGUAUCAGAGUUCUACUGUUCGCCCAGCUCUGGACUCCAGCAGAACUCUUAUGAUGCACUCGAACAGGUCCGGUUCAUUGUCUGCAAGCACGCCAAACUUGCUAAACAAACAGCCGACUCAGCGUCAGCAAGAGCCGGCAUUGGAUCGUGAUGACAUGGUCGCCGAGGAGGAGAUGAAGAAACUCGCGUCGAAAAGGAAAGAUGCGGAGUCUGCCGCACGUGAGUUGGAUGCUCUCCGUGCAAGAGCAAGGCCCGUCCGUCGCAUGUCGGCAGAGACGGCUUCAAGAACUUUUGAUCUUAAUAUUUUCGAAAGAGGCGAAAUUGUCGACUAUCCCAAUAUCUACUUUACUGGCACGCUAAAGGCCCGGAAGAUUAUCGGCGACUUGAACUCGGCAUCCUCCAACUUUGGCUACGACGAUGAGCGAGGUGAUUACAAUAUUGUCGCGGGAGAUCACCUCGCAUACCGUUACGAGGUUGUAGAUCUUCUUGGUAAGGGCAGUUUUGGUCAGGUAGUACGUUGUGUGGAUCACAAGACCGGGAUUCUCGUUGCUGUGAAGAUCAUUCGCAAUAAGAAGCGAUUUCAUCAACAGGCACUCGUGGAGGUCAACAUUCUUCAGAAACUCAAAGAAUGGGAUCCGCAAAAGAAACACAGUGUCGUCAACUUCGAUCAGAGCUUCUAUUUCCGAGGCCAUCUUUGCAUAUCGACUGACCUCUUGGACAUGAAUCUCUACGAGUUUAUCAAGGCCCACGACUUCCGCGGAUUCUCCUUGAAACUGAUUCGACGAUUCACGAAACAACUACUCCAAAGUCUAAUCCUCUUGCAGCAACAUAAGGUGAUCCAUUGUGAUCUAAAGCCCGAAAAUAUUCUCCUUGCUCACCCUGUACAUUCUGAAAUCAAGGUCAUCGACUUUGGCUCCAGCUGCUUUGAAAACGAGAAAGUGUAUACCUAUAUCCAAUCACGGUUCUAUCGAUCACCGGAAGUAAUACUGGGAAUGUCUUAUGGAAUGCCAAUUGACAUGUGGAGCAUUGGAUGUAUUCUCGCCGAGUUAUACACGGGAUAUCCAAUUUUCCCAGGAGAAAACGAGCAGGAACAACUGGCUUGUAUAAUGGAAGUUUUCGGACCACCAGAGAAGCAUUUGAUUGAAAAGAGCAGUCGUAAAAAGCUUUUCUUCGAUUCGUUGGGCAAACCUCGUUUGACUGUCUCUUCUAAGGGCAGAAGGAGACGGCCAAGCUCAAAAGAAUUACGACAGGUCUUGAAAUGUGAUGAUGAAGCAUUCCUUGACUUCAUUACCAAAUGCCUGAAAUGGGAUCCUUCACGAAGAAUGUCACCUCAUGAGGCCAACAAACAUGAAUUCAUCACGGGGGUCAAGAUGAAUACAGCCGCCACCAGACGGAAUUUGAUUGGAGUCGUGAGCUCCCCUGUGAAGAGAGUCAAUUCGGUAACGAAUGCGGCAGGCCCUCGUCCUUUACCGCAACCCCCUACUCUCGGAUUGAAGGCUCCCAUCGGCGCAAGGCAGGAAACUUCGCCAAAUAAACCAGGAGCGCGGCGGCAAUCAACAGUACCACCUGCAGGAUCUGCCCCAGGAACCUCUCAGGCUAAACGAGCAUCACAUGCCGCAAUGGUUUCGUCAACCUCUAAUCCUAGUUUGACACGAUUGGCGGGUCAACGAACAUUGAGUGGCAGAUCUGAUUUGGCGACUGCCGCAGCUACUGCAAGUCUUAUAAAGUGA